AUGGGUUGGUUUGGGUUGAAGGGCGGAUGGCUCACAUUCUGGGUCACCGUCGCCUGCGCGACAGACAUGACACUCUUCGGAUACGACCAAGGUGUCUUUGGCGGCGUCAUCGUCACUGACGACUUUCUCGAGACCAUGGGCAUCGUCGGCAACGACAAGCUCCAGUCCACCGUCACGGCCAUCUACGACAUUGGCUGCUUCCUCGGCGCCAUCUCCACCAUGUGGAUCGGCGAGAGGCUGGGCCGCAAGAAGACCAUCCUCGUCGGCACCACCAUCAUGUCCAUCGGCGCCAUCCUGCAGACCGCCGCCUUUGGCCUGCCGCAGAUGUUCGUCGGCCGCGUCAUCGCCGGCAUCGGCAACGGCAUCAACACCUCCACGGCGCCCGUGUGGCAGGGUGAGACCAGCAAGGCCAGCUGGCGAGGAAAGCUCAUCGUCAUCGAGAUGAUUAUGAACAUCUUUGGCUUCUCCCUGAGUAACUGGGUGACCUUUGGCUUCUCGUUCCUCACCGGCUCCGUCGCCUGGCGCGUGCCCCUCGCCUUCCAGUUCUUGUUCAUCAUCAUCCUCUACGGCACCGUCCCCUGGCUCCCAGAGUCCCCUCGCUGGCUCAUCGCCCAGGGACGCGUCCCCGAAGCCGAGCAGAUCCUCGCGGACCUCGAGGACCGCCCCGUCGACGACGCCUUCAUCCAGACCCAGUCCAAGGACAUCCAGUGGGCCGUCAACUACGAGCGCGAGAACGCCGUUCCGUGGUCCGACCUCCUCCGCGGCCGCACCGGCGAGACCGCCGGCACCGGCACCGUGCGCCGCCUCAUCCUCGGCAUGGGCACGCAGGCCAUGCAGCAGUUCAGCGGAAUCAACGUCACGAGUUACUACCUCCCCUGGUCCUCAUCAACUCUCCUGGCGAGAUUGCUGGCGGCUUGCAACUCGGUCAGUUAUCUGCUGUUCAGUCUGAUCGGAAUCCCCAACGUCGAGCGGUGGGGCCGCAGAAAGAUGAUGAUGUAUGCCGCCUUUGGCCAGUUCGUCUGCUACGCCGUCAUCACCAUAUGCAUCCGCUACAACGAGAUGGCCGGCCUUGCCCCCGAGACCCAAGCCCAGUGGGCCAAGGCUUCCAUCGCCUUCUUCUUCCUGUACUACGUCUUCUUCGGCAUCGGCUGGCAGGGUGUCCCCUGGCUGUACCCCACCGAAAUCAACAGUUUGUCAAUGCGUACAAAGGGCGCCGCGCUCGGUACCGCCACGAACUGGAUCAUCAACUUCAUGGUCGUCGAGAUCACCCCGCCCGGCAUCACCGCCCUCGGCUGGCAAUUCUACAUCAUCUGGACCGUCUUCAACUUCUCUUUCGUGCCCAUCGUCUACCUCUUCUACCCGGAGACGGCGGACCGCUCGCUCGAGGACGUCGACCGCUUCUUCGCCGAGAACCACGACAUCUUUGUCUUUAAGGACAAGGAUGCUACCUCGUCCAAGCGCCCACUCAAGUACCUCGCCCAGGAGCAGGAGGAGAUUAUGAAGCGCAACAGCGUCGUCGCGCCCGGCGACGUCGAGGAUAUGCUGCGCCGGAGAGGCGUCGCCGAGAAGAUCAAGAAGGGCUCGGACGACGAGGAGAUGGCGUUUGGCGAGCACAAGGAGAGGACUUGA